CAUGUUUCGCGCACCUCAUUAUCUUUCAGAAAUGAAUUCUGGAUUGUUUCAGAAAUGUCAAUAAAAAAACGUUUAGAGCGUAAUUGUUUCAUUUUCGUCGCUUGUCCGUCGCAGCAGAAUAUUCCGUAUUGUGUGAUGGCUAUAACUUUUAAUACUAACAUGGCAAAGCUAACAUACCACCCUUCUCUACAUCUUUGGAAGCGUUAGUUUUACGGGUGUUGCCCAUCUCAAUAGUUACAGCUGUAGAAAAAUAUAUUUGCAAUAAUUCCUGACGUUGCAUAAUUUUCUUGUAAAAGUGCCCGUAGUCAGUACUUACGUGGGGGCAUAUCAGUCUGUUUAUAACUAGGUUCAAGGUACCAAUGACUACAGCACUGUCUCCAAGUACUCAAUGGUUAAACAAGGCUACUUUAAUGAUGAAUUCAUAUCAGAAUUUGUAUCGAAUUCAAAAUACAACAGAAGAGCUCCAAUCAUUCACAUGGGCUAUUACGCAAGAGCUGUAAUAAUUGAAGCCGUUUUGACACAGUUUAUGAGACAUGUGGGGAACUCUCAUAUACAAAUCAUCUCCUGUGGAGCUGGUUAUGAUACAACAUACUUUAGGCUUAAGAAGAAUUUGCAAGAAGAGUUCAGUCUUACCUAUUAUGAAGUUGACUUCAUUGAAGUUAUUUCUCGCAAAACUGAGUGUAUUAGAAGAUCAAAAAUCCUCAGCAGUAUUCUUGGAUUAUCUAAUGAUGUAAACUCUUGUACAACUGGUAUUCAUUCACAAGGAUACCAUUUGGUUGGAGGUGACCUGCGCUGCCAGAAUGAUAUUGAAAGUGUUCUGUCAAGCGCUGGCAUAUCAUGGGCUGCACCUACGUUGCUUUUGGCAGAAUGCUCCAUAACUUACAUGGAUGAAUCAAGCUCAACUAAAUUUAUAGAAUGGGCAUCUACCAAGUUUCCUCAUGCAACAUUUGUCACCUUUGAACAAAUAUGUCCAGAUGAUGGAUUUGGGCAUGUGAUGAAACAUCAUUUUGAAUCUCUGGGCAGUCCAUUAUUGUCACUGAAUAAAUAUCCAGAUUUUGACUUGCAAAUCAGACGAUAUAAAGAACACGGUUGGAGUGCAUGUGCAUCCAUGUCUGCAUAUGAGGCCUUAAAGCUUCUCACAGAGGAAGGCAAAGUGAAUAAUGUUGUGAGACUGGAACCAUUUGAUGAAUUUGAAAGUUGGCAUCUUAUGUGCUGCCAUUAUACUUUGACCAUAGCAUCCAAAGGGGUGCUGGAGAAUUGGUUCAGUGAUGAUAGGAAAAAAGAAAGCAUUAACAUGUCGCAAAAUUUACUCCGUUAUUCUGAAGACAAUGCCCUCCAUUGGUCUGUGUUACCUGUCCAGGGGCGGAUACCAGAACGAUUUGGUCAUGCUAGUGGAAGACUGGACGAACAUCGCAUAGCGCUAGUGGGUGGCUUCGGAAAGAGCUACAGUCAAGAACACAGCAGGCUCAGUGAAAUUAGUAUUGUUAAUACUACGGAUUUUACAGUUCAGCAUGUCACUCUUCAUUCUCUUCUUCCAAAAGGAGAUUCGUCGCUGGCUGCAAUGCAUUCAACUUGCAUACCACUUCAUAAUGGGAGGCUUUUAAUAAUUGGUGGGCGCACUUCACCUACACGACCAGUGAACACAAAACCAGUAAUCCUGUCUGUGUGGAAUAAGGAUGUGGAAGUUCUUGAUCUAAUUGGACCAUGUCCACGUUGGAGACAUACAGCAACACUCAUUGGCAGUGAGUCCACCACCCAGUUGAUUUUGCUCUUUGGUGGAAGAACUUCGAAUCUGAUUGUCCUGAAUGAUUUGUGGCAACUAAGUAUUCAGCAAAGGAUAUUCAGCCAGAUUAGCAACGUGAGUAAAAACUGGCCAUUUGCCCGGUUUUCUCAUAGUGCAGUAGCUCUAAUGAGAUGUUCAUUGAUAAUCACUGGGGGUCUGAAUGAGAUCUUGCAGCCACUAAGGGACAUGUGGAUAUAUGAUACUGAAGAGGGCUCCUGGAAAGAGGUACAUGUAAAAGGACCACAAAUGUUACCACGAUACAGUCACACAUCAGCAGUAACUAGUGAUAACAAGUUUCUUAUAUUGCUUGGAGGGGUUAACACACAUACGACCCAUCAACCUGGAGUGUGUGUUAUCAAUUUACUGGAAAGAAAAUGUUACGAAUAUGCCUUACCAAACCAGGAUCCAGACAGGCCAAUAAUGUUACACAACCAUACAUCAGAAUUGAUAGAGGAUUCAAGAUUUCUAGUGUUUGGUGGUGGCGAUAAUUGUUUCUCAUUUGGCACAAGCUUUAACCCUGGUAUCAUUAACAUGGAGAUAUCUCAUUUGCUCCAUUGAGAUAAUUUUACAUAAAAUACAGACUGGAAUUAAAAUGGCCAAAUGAACUAACAA